GCCGCCGGCGGAGGGCGUGGCCGCGCGGGCCUGCCCCUGGGCUGAGCUGCGUAGCGGGGUUUUGGCCAAAUUGGGCGAGGGCACACACUAUCCACUUACCCCUUCUCACCGAGGAAGAGCGGGAGAAAGGGCAUGGCGCAAUCUCAAGGCUGGGUGAGAAGAUACUUCAAGGCCUUUUGUAAAGGCUUUUUUGUGGCGGUGCCUGUGGCAGUGACCUUCCUCGACCGGGUUGCCUGUGUGGCAAGAGUGGAGGGAGCUUCAAUGCAGCCCUCUUUGAAUCCUGGAGGGAGCCAGUCUUCUGAUGUGGUGCUUUUGAACCACUGGAAAGUGAGGAAUUUUGAAGUCCAACGUGGGGACAUUGUGUCAUUGGUGUCCCCUAAAAACCCAGGACAGAAGAUCAUUAAGAGAGUGAUUGCGCUGGAGGGAGAUAUUGUGAAAACCAUCGGGCACAAAAACCGCUACGUCAAGGUGCCCCGCGGCCACAUCUGGGUGGAAGGUGACCAUCACGGACACAGCUUUGACAGCAACACUUUCGGGCCGGUUUCCCUGGGACUUCUGCACGCCCACGCCACGCACAUCCUGUGGCCCCCGGAGCGCUGGCAGCGGCUGGAGUCGGUGCUUCCGCCCGAGCGCCUGCCGGUUCGCAGCGCAGAGGACUGAGCGCGCCGCGACCGCGGGAAGGCGACUCUCAGCAAGACGAUGCCACGCAGGAAACACAUCUGUCGCAUUGAAAGCACCCGAUUUUGUGGUUGAUUGUAAUACCCUGUUGUUUUAUGAAAAAAGAAAAAAAUGCCAACCUUUGGGAAUAUGAGCAUUAUAUUCCCCGUGUCUUAUACGGGGUAAAUGUGAGGUUUUGCUGUGCGUACUUACUCUAUUGAUUGUUGAGUUUUGAUUCUGGUGCUUGCUGCUGAAAGCAUACGAAAGUGAGUAUUUGAUGAAAGUUAUUGCUUGAGUCUUGUCAUUUAGUCUUAAGACAGAACACGAAGGAGCAUAUUACGCACAUGCUGAUAGGAAUUAUAUUAUAAUCGACAGCAUCUACAGUGUAGCGGCUGCCCGGCCGGGAUGAAUGGGAAGCUGAUGUAAAAAUAAACGUUGAUUU